AUGCUGUUCGCCAUCCAGCGGCUCCAUGAGCUCACGAGGAAGAAGAGUACUGCGGUGUUCGCGUGCAUCGUCGACCCCACUAAGGCACACGAUUCGGUGGACCGAGACCUACUGCUGUGGGACGUGCUCCGACGCUUCGGCGUACCACCGAAGAUGCUGGCGGUCAUUCGCCACUUCCACGAGGGCAUGAGGGCGCGCGUCCGAACGGACGUCGGGCAGUACUCGGGAUGGUUCGACGUGGGCCAAGGCCUCCGACAGGAAUGUAACCUGGCCCCGCUGCUGUUCAUCUUGUUCUUUGCCGCGAUGCUCAUGGUCGCCGUGGCUGAGUUCGACAAGGACCCCAAGGUGACGGCGGACAUGGUCAAGAUCGGGACACAAGUGGAGUACACGGGCAAGAAGGGCAGGUCGGCGGGGAAGAAGACGACGGUGGUGACGGACGCGGAGGCCCUGUGGGCCAUGCUCGACGCUGACGACGCGGCCAUCGUCUCGCGCUCCCCGGAAAGUCUCGAGAAGAUGAUGUCGGUCGUCGUGCGCAUGGCUGGCCUGUUCGGACUGAUCGUGUCGGAGCCAAAGACGGACAUCAUGUGCAUGCUGCCGAAAGGGAUCGAGGAACGCCCGUUCACGGUCAGCGCCGCCGGCCAGACGUACAAGCAGACAGAUCGGUUUGUGUACCUCGGACGUACCAUCUCCGCGGACGGGAAGGCCGACCGGGAGAUCACGAGCCGCAGCUGCCGAGCGUGGAAGUGCUACCGCCGGAACAGUGCUUCGAUGUACGACAGGCGACGGGCCGACCGCCAGCUCAAGAUCCGGCUACUCCAGGCUGAAGUAGUGGAGACUCUCCUAUACGGGUGUGCCUCGUUGAGCCUAACAGCGGAGCACUAUACGAAGCUCAAUGGGACCCACCGCCAGUUCCUCACACGGUGCAUCGGCUGGAGCAAGCGGAAACGCUCAGACCGCCCCCUGUCCUAUGCCCAGGCCCUCAUCCAGGCAGGCUGCGAGGAAACCAUCGAGGCCACCGUGCGCAAACGGAGACUGUGUUUCGCGGGCUUUGUUAUGCGCAUGGAGGACAACCGCCUCCCCAAGCGCAUGCUGUUAGGAGCGAUGGCGGGGGGCGUGGGAUACCGGGGCGGGCAGGAGAGCGACUGGGUGUCUCGUCUAGGAGAGGACCUCGUGGCCUUCAACAUGGGAGACGAAAAGGAAGGGGGGAAAUGGAAAGAGAGCGCCAAGGACCCGGAGGUGUGGUACAACAAGGUCGAGGACGGGGCGGCAUGGUUCAUGAGGAAAUGGCACAGGCAGGAGGUGGGGGUCACACUGUCGAACACAGUAGGACAAGUGUUCUGUACGCUGCUAAACGAAAUAAUAGUGGGAGUAUUGGAGAAGGAACAUAGCAUUCGUGAGGGCCAGGCAGGUUUCCAAAAGAAUAGGGGGUGCGUAGACCACGUAUUCACGGUAGGGAGAAUCAUGCAAGGUAGAAAGAGGGCGGGAAAGCCGACGUACUGCUUCUUCCUGGACGUGAAAAAGGCAUACGACACCUUAUGGAGAAAUGGGCUGUGGAAACAACUGUCCAAUUACGGGAUCAAGGGGAAAAUGUGGAGAGUGCUGAAGAAGAUGACAGAGUGCACGAAAAGCGCGGUCAUGCUAGACGGAGAACUGUCAAAAUUCUUCGACAUUGAGCAGGGGGUCCCACAAGGUUGCACGCUGCCCCCAACAUUGUUCCAGGUGUUCAUCAACGAUCUGUUGGAAGUCGUAGAGGCAGUCCGGAAGGGAGUAAAAGUAGGGGACACGGAAACGUCGGUUUCACUGCUGUGUGUGUCGACAGAGUGA